GCGGCCGGAGCGGAGAGUGAUGCUAACAAACAUGGCCAAGUGUCUGUUUUCCUUCGGCGUCCACGGGACUUGUAGUGUUUUUGAGACCUAUCCGAGACUAUGACCCCCCCUUGAAAACAAUUUAGCAGCCCCCCUCCCCGAGCUCCCUGUUGCGUAAAAGAACUACGAUUCCCGUGGAACUGCGAUCAAUUUUCUGUUAAUGUCAAUAUGGCUGCUGUCAGACAGACAAAGGCAAGUCAGUCUCGUCUCCAAGCGAAAUCAAAUUAGGUGGCGAAAAGAAGGCGGCAAGGCUGUAAAACAGUUGGCGCAUGUUCAGUGUCGGGACUACGCGAACGGAUUUACUUUAGGACUAAUAUAUUAUCCCGUUAUUAAAUGGUGUGGUGGACGGAGGCCAUAGAUCCACAGACCAAGAAUGUCACACUACACGGACGAGCCACGCUUCACCAUCGAGCAGAUCGACCUGCUGCAGCGGCUGCGGCGGACCGGUAUGACCAAGCAGGAGAUCCUGCACGCGCUCGAUACCCUGGACCGGCUGGACCGCGAGCAUGGGGAGAAGUUUGGCCGGCGGCCCGCCUAUGGAGGGGGCGGAGGCGGGGGUGCCUCAGCAGCCAGCAACACUGCCUCCACCUCGUCUGCCACCCCAUCCUCAAAUAACACACCGGCAUCUUCCUCCACCGCCACCGCAGCGACGCAGACGCAGUACCGUGGCAGCGCCGGCAGCCUCUCCCCUUCACCCAGCAAUAGCUACGACACCUCGCCACCUCCGCCGCCGGCCCCGGCCGCCGUCUCCCUCGCCGUGGUGACGCAGAACGGCCGCGAAGCCCUCUCUGCGGUCCCCAACGGGAAGCUGUCCCCUCCUCGCUAUCCGGUCAACAGUGCAGCGGCACGGGGCUACGGCUUUGAGGCCACAGAGGAGGAGCUGGACAUCGACGACAAAGUGGAGGAGCUCAUGAGGAGGGACAGUAGCAUCAUCAAGGAGGAGAUCAAAGCCUUCUUGGGCAAUCGUCGGAUCUCCCAAGCGGUCGUGGCCCAGGUCACAGGUAUCAGCCAAAGUCGGAUCUCCCACUGGCUACUGCAGCAGGGUUCAGACCUCAGUGAACAAAAGAAGAGGGCUUUCUUUCGCUGGUACCAGAUGGAGAAGACCACCCCCGGGGCCACACUGACCAUGCGGCCUGCCCCCAUGGCACUGGAUGAGGUGGAAUGGAGACAGACGCCUCCCCCAAUCAGCUCCACACCCGGAAGCUUCCGCCUUCGCCGGGGAAGCCGGUUCACCUGGAGGAAAGAGUGUCUCGCUGUGAUGGAGAGCUACUUCAAUGAGAACCAGUAUCCCGAUGAAGCGAAGAGGGAGGAGAUCGCCAAUGCUUGCAAUGCCGUCAUUCAGAAACCAGGGAAGAAGCUGUCUGACCUGGAAAGAGUCACUUCCCUCAAGGUCUACAACUGGUUUGCCAAUCGGCGAAAGGAGAUCAAGAGGAGAGCCAAUAUUGAAGCAGCAAUCCUGGAGAGCCAUGGGAUAGACAUGCAGAGCCCUGGCGGUCACUCUAAUAGCGAUGACAUCGACGGCAACGACUACUCCGAACAGGGCUGCGAUGUCACCUAUUUUGAAAAGAGACCAGCCCCCAGAUCCUUUGGUUUCAACAGAAUUGACCUGUCAUCACCCACACAGGAUGACAGCACCAGCCACAGCGACCACCAGGACCCCAUCACGCUCGCAGUGGAGAUGGCUGCCGUCAACCACAGCAUCCUGGCGCUGUCCCGGCAGGGCGGGGGCAGCGGUGGUGGCGGCGGCGGCGACAUUAAGACAGAGGUCCUGGAUGAUGACUGAAGGGGCCCCAGGAGUGGAGUGGGCAGGGUGGGGAGGGGUGUGGUGUGGAUGUGUGUGUGCGACAGUGUCCGACGUCGAGCGAGCGUGCAAUGUCGCCUCACGGCAGACGCAUUCUGUAAUGACCAAAUGACUAUGCGUAAUCCUUAAAUGUUAGAAGCUGUCAAUCCUUAAUUAACCUCCCCUGUUUUAUGUCAAAGGUGCCCGUAGUUGCCCCAUGGCAGGCACCCUCUGCAGGUUAAAUGUCUGUAAAACAGAAACAUAUAUGCUUGUGUGCGUUUUAACUAAAAGAAUAUUAGGUUUUUACAAAUUCCUCCGUACCUCCCCUAGGCAAUGGGUUGUAUGCCUUCUUCACUCUUCUCUCCUUACCGUACCCAAAUGCCUGGCAUAACAAACAACUGUGGACCCCUCCCCCAUCACUGUCCCAAAAACCCAUUCCACUCCCCCAUCCCCCCCAUUGUGUGGGAGGGGCUAAGGGAGAACGGCCCUUCUCUCUACCUCUCUUCCUGUUCUCAGAGCAGCAGUAUUAUUUGUUGUCGUUCCACCCCUCAGUGCUGUAGCUAUACUAGACACAAGAUGGCAACCGUCAUAUCUCAACAGGACGCGGUACAGUGUGGCGCGUGUGGGGCAGCCUUUAUCUCAGAUGGUCUCCAAAGGGGGAAGGAGAAUAGCCUGGUACAGAGGUUAGGGACACAUUCGUGUAUUAAUGCGUUUAGUCGACUGCCUGUAAGAAAACAACGUGAGCACUAAAAAUCUUUAACAUUUCUUUUUAUGCCCUAUUUUGCAUUCCAUUAUCCAGCAAAACCUGUGAAGUACUACAGGGCUGAUUUGCCAAAAUACAGCCUAGAGCUGUUCAAUACUCCAGUCCCCAAAUUAGUGUAUUUUAAAGAAACAUCAAGGUCCUGGUGUGAAAUGGUGAAAGGGCAGGGAGGAGGAUCUGUGCGUAUGUGAGAUAAGAUCAGGUCAGGCUGGUAGGGCAGUCCACCAGCUGAAACAUAAUGGUGUGCAUCUGUCACGGCCCCUGCAGCGAUAGCGGCAGGAGGAGGAGCGCUGUGUACUCUGCCGGGCUGAGGCGACCGCAUACGGUGUGUUCCUCAGUGGAUGCCUCUGGCCUUAAGCCGCACACUCUCUCUGACCAGCGUUUUAAAGAUGUUCACUGUACACAGAACUUCAGUGUGGGGCUGCAUCUGCUGUCGUCAGGCUGAUGCUUGUGUCACUAAAGUGGAAGGUUAGAUUACACACCAUAAUAUUGCCAAGAUAUUAGACAAGAAGAAAUCUCACGCCAAAGUGCUCAAAAUGCCUCCCCUCAAAGCUUAUUGGUCACUUGGAUUCAUUAAUGGGCGUAGGCUCUGGGGGGCCAGAUUGAAUCCUUGAAGAGGCCAAUUAACAUGUAGCAUGUCACCUUGGGUGGCCUUUUUUGAACUGACAAAAAAAUGAACUGUCAUCUGUGAAUCAGUGACUGUUAUUGAAAAUGUGUCAAAUAUAGCUAAGAAUAUUCUACAUGGUUUUGAAUGUUCUGUGGAAAUAGGUUAAGGGUGAUUAAAAAUGAAAAAAUAAAAUAAAAAUUACCUAGAUUAGCGCCUCCAUAGUCGAGUUUGGCCCCCUUGAGCUGUUAGGUAGAUGUAAGGGCAUGAGGUAGACUAGCUGAGACAGAUUGCGGAUGACCAGCUUUCUCUAGAUUCAGGGGAGCAGACCCUCUAAAAAUGCCCCCACAGACCGUGAUCCUUUAGCUCUUAGGAUGCUGCUUUUAAUGUAAAUGAACUGAUUUUUCUAACCUAAUGUUUUAGCUAUUGAAUGACAGCUAAGCUGACUAGUAAAUCUUCUCUGCUGCUUCAGAGCUUGGGAAUCUUUGAAGCUCUGCUAUUGACUAAUCUAGCGCUUGGUUCUAUAUCAAUCAUGUAUCCUAUGAAAAAAGACUGUUCCAGAACAUAACCUGACAAAGUGUAUUUAAUAAUUUUUUUUCUUCCUGUGUAAAAUUCUGCUAAGCAGAAAUGUAUAGAAUGAAAUGACACUUUUCUCGAUUCUAUAUUUUUUUUUUAUGUUUUAGUAUGUUUUUGAAGUUUUGUUUUUCAUUUUUUUGUUUACGAUUAAUUUUGUUUUGCCUUGGUUCCUAUCUGUUCAUCAGCCAUUUUAAUGUAAUGGCAAUCCAUCUGUGUUUUUAAUUGUAAUUGAUUGCUUAAUGACAAAGCAUCCGGUUCAGAGCACAGGGUACAGGAGAACGCCUGACCCUGACCAGACUUAGUGUAGAACCCACCUAGCUCAAGAGGUCAUUGGGGGGAACCUCAGUUUUUUUUAAAGUGGCAGUCCUCCCAGUGCAGCAGUGUGUAUGCAGUUUAAAACUGCCAUGUAUGAGGUUCAUGCAUUGGUUCACUCCAGGUACGGAAAUGCUGACACGUGUGGCUUCCCUUCCCACUGUUAAGCUAAUGAGGGAAGACGCAUCAACAGAAAAGAACAAGGGUGCUUAAAGACUAUUUUUAAAUACUAAUGUUGUUCUGCACUUUAAUUCUUACACAUCGCUACACGACCCACCGACCUGGGCCAGUUCCCUGUACUGUUUCUGGUGUCCAGCAAGCCAUAUUGAUACGUUUUUUGAUUUUUAUAUUUUUUUUCUGGCACAUACAGUACAAAAGUUGCAGUUGGACGGGUUUUUGGAAGCGGACUGGAGAUUCUGAAAGGGCCCAAACGCCAAACUACACUAAAGCUCUUCUGCUCCAUGUGACUGAUACUAGAGAAUGCAUGCAGUUAGAUCUGCUUAAACAUGAUUGCCAAGAAGUGUGUUGUGGCUGUGAUACGGCACAAGGUGGUGUCAAUUUUGUGCAGAGCUUCUUGUAUACUUAAGGCUUUCCUUUGACACAUAUGUUUCAUCCCUCUUCAGUAAGACAGCACAUCCUAUUCUUUGUGCUUAGUCUAGCUAAAGGACUGUUUUGCUUUCAGUCUGUGAAUUACAAGAACAUUUUUUCCCCUUCUCUAGGGGAAAAAAAAACUGCUUCUUAGGCAUGCAGUCCACAGGCCCUUGUACAAAAAUAGAAAUGCAAUCAAAUCACAAGAAACCCAUUUAGAAGGCUGGAGGUUUUGAGGAUAGCUUUGAAUAAAUGAACACAUAAAGCAUCCCCCUUGGACUGCUUCAGAAAAGGAUAGGAUAGAUGCCAUUACACUUGCGCCAAAUGAGACCUUUUGUGUGUAUUUAAAAUGUGUGACAAGGACAGUAAGCAAGUCACUGGGGUCUUGGCUCAGGGGUUGAUGUUCUGUGAUCAAGGUCAAGGGCUGUGUUUUUUUUCUGGGAGGGGGGAUGGGAAAUGGAAGGUGUGGCAACCCCUGACCUCUGAAGGGUUAUGUCGUCGUUAAUGUCCCAGGGUUCAGACUUCUCCUGUCCCUGCCAUUUGUCCUUGUUGAAUAUGUGUAAGGAAACGUAAAUAUAUAAAAAUAUAACAAAAAAAAAAGAUUAAAUGAAUCAUUGUUGUAUCAAUUUAAAAUAGUUUUAAAAAGUUCUGUAUCUCCUAUUUCAGAAUUUAGUGCCUUUUUUGGACAGUAGACUGUUCUGUAAUUAAAAUGUAGUAUACGGUAUAUAUGCUUUUGUUACUUUUGUUUUUGAAAUUUAACUUGUGUUUAUUUUAGUAUUGUACCUAUUAUAGAAUUAAAAAAUACUAUAUCAAUGAUAAA